UAAUCAACAAGCGGUUGUAUGUCAUUGCAGUUGCAUAAAUAUUGACAGGGAGCGGCAUCCACUGAUUUAUUUAUAAAAAAAUUGUGAUUUUUUGUUAAACCAUGGAUAUCAAUUUGUCGGCCUUUCGUGAACCUAGGGGGGUGAUGCGAGUUAUACAUUUUAUAUUCUCGAUCUGCGCUUUCGCUACUAUAACAGGAUACACAGGUUAUACACAAAUCACCUGCAAAGAUGACUCAGUGAAGAAAGAAUUCGAGUACCCCUUUGAUGUGUAUUACCCGAGUAUAAAUGUCUCCAACUGUGUGACAUCUCUGACGUUUGGGUAUUCUUCAGACGCUAGAUACUUCGUGGCAACUGGGGUAUUGGCGAUGUUAUACUCACUGGCAAUAUCAAUCGUGUAUAUAAAAUUCGAUGAAAUGUACAAAAGCAAUAACCAACUUCCUAUGAUUGACUUUGUUAUAACUGUUAUUUUCGGCGUUUUGUGGAUAUCAAGCAGCGCAGCUUGGGCCACCGGUCUCUCAGGUCUCAAAAGUAUGGCUGAACCAACUCUAGUAAGUUCCACUUGCUUGGCAGCGAAUUGCAAAGCUUCGACAAGCAAUUUCUCAACUUUGAACAUAUCUGUGAUUUUCGGAUUUUUGAAUUUCUUUCUCUGGGCCGCAGACUUGUGGUUUUUGUAUAAAGAAACAUCCUGGUUUCCAGGGAAUCAGCCUCAGACAACAAGCGGGGUUUAAGGCGAAUCUUGAACUGGUUUUUUUUCAACUAGUCACUUAUUUAUGCACAAUUGUUUAAUUGAGUUUUAGGAGGUUAGAUAGGGAUGUUAGCACAAGGAGUUUGUCUAAACCAUGCUUUUCAAGUGUGGGUGCAUAUUCCCCAAUUGGAUUUUUUCCCUCCAUUAUUUGAUAUUACUUAAGUUUAUUUCCAUCCAUUUUUUUUAGACUGAUUGGUGUAGUUUUCUCGAAUUUUCGUUACUUGUAGUGGGAAAGUAGUUCAAAACGCCAUAAAUGUUAACUCCCUUAGCCAUGUCAAGUACAAUGUGGUAGGGAUUAGUUUGUUUCCAAUAACUUAGUAUUCAAAACAUGAUAUAAUUAUUACAGUUUUAUUAACCGUUUUAAAUGUUUAAUAUGUUAAUAAGUCAUGUGCACAAUGUGCAUAACAUUUUAACUACCAUAUAGGCCUGUUUUUUUAGGUACAAAACCAAUAAAUUUUAGAAUUAUUAAAAUGAGUCUUAAAUGAAUUCUUGAUAAAAAAUACCUGCUAUAAUAAAAAUCAUUUAACACCCGAAACAUGCCAUUCAGAACGAAAACAAGUUUGAUAAAGAAUGAUUUUAGGCCCAAAAUCAAUAGUUAAAUAACAACAUAAAAAAUAUACAUAACUAACAAGAAAAAUUGAGAAAAUUCAGUUUGGAACACCGCUUUAAUCUCUUCAUAUUGUUUUUUAAAUCGUUAAUACGUUUUUCUUUUAAGGUUAUUAUAAUGAAGCAUUUGUUCCUCUAUUGUCUUUGCCUAAGGUCUCUAAAUUUCACAAAUAUUUUUUGUCAGUCCCUCUUUUGUUUUUUACUAAACUACUAAUAUUGGAAUGAAAUAGGCAAAUAAACAGACCAAUGUUUGGGGCUCAUUGCUACUUCUACGUCUCAAGACUUGACAAGUUUGCUAACAGUUUAAACUUGAGGAAAUUAAAAAAAUUAAAUAAAAAUACAGUUAUUUGUCAAUAUGAAUACUACCUUGUGUCCUACCCUACGUUACGCCUAUGGUGUGUGUAUUACAUUACAGAUUUGUUGUCAAUCUUAAAAAUCGGUCAGUUUUUUUAAAAUUUAACCAUUUUAUCUUUAAAGUUUAAGAUUUUACACUUUUCUUCUUUUUUUGUCAAAAUUUUGUAUAAAUAUAGCAUUAAAAUUCUUAAAUUAGGGCCGAUAUGGUAGUAGGUUUUUAAUUAUUUUUUUCUUAAUCACUUGCAACAUACAGUUCAUAUCCACUGCCAUAUCUAUGUAUUACUAGAUAUUAAUAAGGCCCUUUCAGAACACUUGCUUUUUAAGGUUUAAAAUUAACAUUUUCAAAGAUUUUGCCCUCAUUUCAAAAAACGGUAAAAUCGUUAAAAUUUUACUUUUUAAUUCCUUGGAAUAUUUUGCCUUUAAAAACGGCAGAAUCCUUAAACAGUGUUGUGUGCUGAAGCGGCCUUACUAUAAUAUAGUUGUGUUUUUAAAAAAACAGAUCAGAGGUGUACAUAAUUGAGUUGAAUUACGUCAUAUUUUUGUUUGAUAAGUUCGUAAAUAUAUUUUUUUACCUUA